ACGGGAAGAAGGGAAUAGGAAUCUCUUCGAUAAAGGUCGGGUGUGGAGGGGAGGCUCCAUCCCGGCGCUGUGCUUGGAAAAUCCUGUCCUCCCCUGCAUAUUUUCCGUGUGGACUCUCCCUGUGCGAUGGUGUGAAUGUGGGAGAGAGAGAGAGGGGCAGCUGAGGCUCUGGUACCCAGAUCAUCCAAGCCUGCACUCUCCCAGCUGCGGAGCAGACGCUCUUGCUCUCUCUCUCUCUCUCUCUCUCUCUCCCUCCCUCCGUCCCCUGUGCUCUCACCCUCCUGCUCUCUCCAGCUCCGGGGGCAGCAGGACGGCUUCUGCUGCGGGGGCGGACGCGCCGAGGGAGGUGACCCGUGGAUGUGACAGGGGCUUCCGGCACCCCCCUGCCCCCCCCACGCCGACCCCCCCCACCGCCCGCAGGGAGCGGCCAUGGACGACAACGCCAAGGACCGCACGGCCUUCAUCCGUAGCGCCAAGGACAUCGCCAAGGAGGUGAAGCGCCAGGCCGCCCGCAAGGUGAGCCGGGGGACUGAGCGCCUCCACGAUGAGUAUGCCAGGCGCUCCUACACCCGCUUCCAGGAGGAGGAGGAUGAGGACGAGGAGGAGGAGGAGGACUACCGCCCUCGGUACUCCCGCCCCGGCGACGAGGAGGGCGCCUCCAGCGACGCCACCGAGGGCCAGGACGAGGAAGAUGAGAUCUACGAGGGGGAGUACCAGGGGAUCCCGCACCAGCGCGGGGCACCCGAGGGCCCGCAGCCGGCGGAGGGCGAGGACUUCCGCGCCUUCGAGGAGCGGGACGGGGAGCGGGAGAAGGGAAGGCAGCAGCUGGCGCAGCAGUACGAGCUCAUCCUGCAGGAGUGCGGACACGGCCGCUUCCAGUGGACCCUCUAUUUCGUGCUGGGCCUGGCCCUCAUGGCGGACGGCGUGGAGGUCUUCGUGGUGGGCUUCGUGCUGCCCAGCGCGGAGAAGGACAUGUGUCUGUCUGACUCCAACAAGGGCAUGCUGGGUCUCAUCGUCUACCUGGGAAUGAUGGUGGGGGCGUUCCUGUGGGGAGGGCUGGCGGAUCGCCUGGGGAGGAAGCAGUGCCUCUUCAUGUCGCUGUCUGUCAACUGCGUCUGUGCCUUCUUUUCCUCGUUCGUCCAGGGAUACGGGAUCUUCCUGUUCUGCCGCCUCCUCUCGGGCAUUGGGAUUGGCGGCUCCAUUCCCAUAGUCUUUUCCUACUUCUCGGAAUUCCUCGCCCAGGAGAAGCGCGGGGAGCACCUCAGCUGGCUCUGCAUGUUCUGGAUGUUCGGGGGCAUCUACGCGUCGGCCAUGGCUUGGGCCAUCAUCCCCCACUACGGCUGGAGUUUCCAGAUGGGCUCGGCCUACCAGUUCCACAGCUGGCGGGUGUUCGUGCUGGUCUGCGCCUUCCCCUCCAUCUCUGCCAUCAUUGCUCUCAACUUCAUGCCUGAGAGCCCUCGCUUCUAUCUGGAGAACGGGAAGCACGAUGAAGGAUGGAUGGUUCUGAAGCAGAUCCACGACACCAACAUGAGGGCCAAAGGUUUCCCCGAACGGGUGUUCUCGGUGACCCACAUCAAGACCCCGCAGCAGGAGGACGAGCUGAUCGAGAUCCAGUCGGACACGGGGACCUGGUACCGUCGUUGGUGUGUCCGCUUCACCAACCUCUUCCAGCAGGUCUGGGGCAACUUCCUGCAGUGUUUCUCUGCUCAGUACCGGCACACCACACUGCUGAUGAUGGCGGUCUGGUUCACCAUGUCCUUCAGUUACUACGGUCUGACGGUGUGGUUUCCAGAUAUGAUCAAACAUCUGCAAGUGCUGGAGUACUCUUCGAGGACGAAGCUCUUCUACAAGGAGAGAGUCGAGCACUUCACCUUCAACUUCACUCUGGAAAACCAGAUCCACAAGAACGGAGACUACUACAACGACAAGUUCAUCAGCAUGAAGAUGAAGUCGGUGAUCUUCGAGGACUCGCUCUUCGAAGACUGUUACUUUGAGGACAUCACGUCCAGCAACAGUUUCUUCAAGAACUGCACCUUCGUCUCGACGCUGUUCUACAACACAGAUUUCUUUGACUACAAACUGAUCGGGUGUCGGAUGGUGAACAGCACCUUCCUGCACAGUAAGGAGGGCUGUCAGCUGGACUUCAGCGACGAGAACAAUGCUUACAUGAUCUACUUCGUCAGCUUCCUGGGAACGCUGGCUGUGCUGCCCGGCAACAUCGUCUCCGCGCUCCUCAUGGACAAGAUCGGUCGCCUCCGGAUGCUGGCCGGUUCUAGCACCCUCUCCUGCAUCAGCUGUUUCUUCGUCUCCUUCGGCAACAACGAGUCGGCCAUGAUCGCCCUGCUCUGCCUGUUCGGGGGGGUCAGCAUCGCCUCCUGGAACGCGCUGGACGUCCUCACCGUGGAGCUGUACCCGUCGGACAAACGGACCACGGCCUUUGGAUUCCUCAAUGCCCUCUGCAAGCUGGCGGCCGUCCUGGGCAUCAGCAUCUUCCAGUCCUUCGUGGGGGUAACGCGGGCAGUGCCCAUCCUCCUGGCCUCCGUCGCCCUGGCGCUGGGCAGCUUCCUGGCCCUCAAGCUGCCCGAGACCCGGGGUCUGGUCCUGCAGUGAGUAGCCGGGACGCCCAGCGGGCAGUGUACAUACCCCUCCAACCCCAACCCCUCCCCCCACCUCCCCACAGUGCUGUGUCUGCCCCCAGGUCCCUGCACCGACCGCUUCCAGGCCUUGGGGCCUCCGCCCUUGUGAAUAAAUCCCCGCGGCAGGCCCCAUCCUGAGGCCAGGCCCCCCCCCAAGCCUGACUGUCUGGGCCCGAACCACGGCCUACUAGGCCCCUGCCUCAAGACAUCCCCCCCAUCCUGGGGGCCGCGUCCCUGCUUCCUUCCGGGGAGCCGCUCCAAGCCGUCCCGUCCCUGGGGCCCAAUCCCGAGGCCCCCUCCUGCAGCCCCAGCACCCCACCCCCUCCUCUCUCCAGGCCCGGGGCAUGUGAUCUGUACAGCGACCCGAUCUGCCCCCUUCUCUGUCCCCGGACAAUCUGUGUGCAGUUUCUAGCUGUGUAACCGUUGGCAGUGGACCGUCCCCCCUUCGAUAAUCCCCGAGUCCCAUCCGAAACCGGGGGAGGGGGACGGGGCCGGGAAUCUCGGGAAGCAGAUUCCGGAUCGGGCCCUCCUGAUAGUGAGUGGUAGUUACCACAGCCCACUGAGGAACCAUUGCUGGUUAAUCUCUAAACUGAACCGACUGGUCAGCUCCCUCUUCAGCCUCCUACCCCCCCUCCAGCUCCCUCUUCACCCUCCUACCCCUCUCCCUCCCUCCCCACCUCCAACUCCGUCCCCACCUCCCUCCCCCUCCCCACCUCCAACUCCCUCCCUCCCCCUCCACCUCCCCCCCUCCAACUCUCCUCACCUCCCCCCCAACUCUCCUCCCUCCCAACUCCUUCCCCCAACUCCUUCCCCACCUCCCUACCUCCCCAAGCCCAACUAACCGCUUGUCCCUAACCAGAACCAACUAACCAGUCACUCCAUAAAAAGACCCAAGGAACCAUCUCCGACAAGGUCUAACCAAUCACAACUACCAGCCUCGACCCGCACUCAACCGUUCAAUGACGCCCAACUAACGAGUCGGUUCCCUACCAGACCCAACCAACUAGUCAUUCCGCAAACAGAUCCUAAUAACCAGACCAAACCUUCCUGCCAAUCCAGGCAGUCUAACCCGAGUCCAGCCGGACUCUGACCAUACCCGACCAGCAAGGCAGUCCAACCAGAAUCCAGGCAAGCAGUUGCUCUGUGGCCUGACCCAACUAACCGGUGGCUCUCACAGAGCCGGUCCCAGACCAAGUCUGGACACGUGUCUGGUUCCUGUGUUCACACCACGCAGCCUGAGUUUGACCCUCUCCCCGGCUCCCUCCCUCCAGAAGGCGAAAGGGAUAGAGGGUAGAUCAGAAAAUGCCUCAGAACUGUUGACGGGGAGACUCCCAAGCCCCCUCCCCUCCCCUGUGGCUCUGUGGUGUCAGGAGCCACCCAUCCUUAGUUGCCAAGUUGUCCCUCCCUCUCGUGCGUCCCGUUGUGACUCUCAGUACAAUUCUGACCUUUGAGUGGUGUAGAUUUAGAGAAACAUUUUGCGUGAGAGUGUGCGUGUGUGUGAGUGUGUGAAUUCUGUGCAAUAGUGUUCCUUGUACCAGGGUCGAUGUCUGUGUAAAACCCUGUGCUAGCUGGAAAAUUCGAUGUAUAGUUUCAGUUGUAAUAGAGUUCUUGUGGUGUGUUGGAAGUUAACUGUUUUGUAUGAUAUUUAAAAAAAAAGGCCAAGAACUCAGCACAAAAAUCUACUUCAAACCGUAGCACAAUAAAAGGACAGAUGAC